GAUGGGGAGGAAGGAAAUGUCCAGUGUACGCUCUGUGGAGUGCAGAGCUGAGUGGUGGGUCCUGAACAUCCACAAGGGGCAUACAAAUAACAGGGCAUCUGGGCAGUGUGGGGGUGGGAGCCCUGAAGACAAGCCUUAUGGGUUUCGCAAAUUCCCCCAGAGCCCACAUUUUCUAUGGAGGAAUUUGCUCGACUGUACCCUGCUCGCUGGUGAGUGCAGAAUGCUUCUAACUUUGGGUCAUUGGAGGGAGAGUCUCAGUUGAGUUGGAAGCAGAGAUUCUGUAGUUCUGUACUGAACAUGAGGAAGUGAGUGGUCAAGAUGUGCUGAGAGGCCAUUCCAGUCAUAGAACCAUGUGAUUUCUGACCAGAAAGGGGAUUAGGUAAUGAGUUUAGUCCUCCUCUCUUUCACCAUCGUGGAAAAAAGUGAUCUGCUCACAUCAAUUCCAAAAGCAAGGGAGGAUAUGAAAGGAACCCAUUUCCCUAAAUUAAAAUUUCCUAGAGACUCCAGUAUUCAAACCCAGAUUCUGGACAGGGAUAAUAAGAAAUUGAUACUGAUUACCUUGAAAGUGAAACUCCACUAAACCUGAGUAGUGCCGGGAAACACAAGGUAAGACCCUUGACUCCAUUGUAGAGAAUGUAUUUCAAUGACAGUGUGAUGUAGUAGAGAAACAUUUACUAAGGAAACCCAGAGCCCUUUGCCAUCUCAGGUUUCUUUUCACUGAAGCUUGACGCUCAAAGUUAUGGCUUCUUCAAAGCAGCUCCAAAUCCCGAAGGUGAGAUAGCUCUCACCUGGAGCCCACGUGUGUUCCUCUACCACUUGGCUGGUAACAGUCACCUGGGAAUCAUUCCAGCAGGUGGCUUCCAAAGUCCAACCUGCUAGGUUGAAAUCUGACACUGAUAGAGACUCCCCGGGAGCUCUUACUGAAAGCUAAACCAGGAACCAGGAAAUGCACAAGCCUCUUUAUGUAGAAAAACAGCUGGGCUCCCUCCGAGGCAACAGAGCACCAUGGGAAACCGGCUUUGCUGCGGGGGACACUGAAAGCCAAGCAAGACGGACAUUGAAGCAGCAGCAGCAGCAGCAGAAUGGCACCAAGGCCCAUGACACAACAGGACGUAUGUAUGAGCAGGUGUUAGAGAAGCCUGCGUCUCAGGAGAGGAGUCGAGGCCUUAGUGUGAAGGAGAACAGCUUACAUUAUGCAGACAUUCAAGUGUACAGCUGUACCCAGCCACGCUCUGCUCUGGAAGUGAAGCAUCUUCAGUCAGAAAAUGCUACAGAAUAUGCAACCCUUCGCUUCCCCCAGGCCACGCCCCGCUACGACAGCAAGAACGGCACCCUGGUGUGAGCCUUGGGGAGGAAGGGCCUGUUUCCGCCUCAUUUCGCCACUACUCCUGUGGGGAGACUUCUGCUUUGGGGAAUUGGCUGGUGGCCCAGAGAUGGCUGCCACGUUUUAAACUUAACUCCAGAACCCCAGUGAGAGCCCCCCAUUCUUGCUCUCUCCUCUAGGCCUACCUUUAAUUUGCCACCGUGAGCUUGGAGUUGUUUCGGGGCUGGUUAGGGGCGGAUGGAGUUCCACAAAAGGAGGGACUAGGAGGAGCAUGCCAAAAAUUUUUUGACCCCUACCUUUGCUCUUGCUUUCAAGAAAAGUGAAGGAAGAACAGGUUACCUCAGCACUUAAGUUGAUUUUGUUAGGCUUAAUUUAAUGGUGUCUCUUUUAUACACCUUAAAUCUAAAGCUGAAGAAGUGCUCUGGAAAAGCAUUCUGAGUUCUCACACCAGCCCCCAGGGCUGGCUUGGGCAAUUCCCUCAAUGGUUGGGUCAAAGGUCUCAGAACCUAAAAAAGACAAACGAGGGCAGGGGUGAGGCGUGGAGGAAACAAUUCCCUGACCACCGGUUACACGUAUUUCAAGUCACUGACAGCACUGCAUGACCCGGAAACUCCCUUUGGCUGGACCGUAGGCUCUCGCAGGUGCAAAGUCUCUGGGAUCAAUAAAUCGCAUAAGGAACAUG